GCGUGUUUCGUACCGACCCUCCAUGUCCGCCACGUCUCCUGACGAUGUCACCCUCGCGGUCCCCGCCUCGCCGGACGACGUGGCCCUCGCGGACGACGUCACCCUCGUCAUUCGCUCCCCCUCCGCGUCGGACGACGUCGAUUUCUCGCUGCGGAUGCAGCUGCGAGGCGCCACUGUGGCGCAGCUCAAGCAGCGCCUCUCGGCGGAGCACCCGGAGCACCCGGCGCCGGAGGAGCAGCGGCUCAUCUUUGCGGGCCAGCUCCUCCACGACGACGCUCGAGCGGUCGACGUCCUGCGGCAGAGAGACCUCAAAGAGCCGCAGGUCUUCCACCUCAUGACCCCGCCCAGACGGCAGCCGUCGCAAAAGCCACCCGAGGCGGCGGCGGCGCCGCGGCUGCCGCCGACGGCAGGCAUGCCGAGCAGCGCGGCGGUUGCCGCCGCGCGCGCCUCUGCAGCGGCCCCUCCGGCGCAAGCUCCUCGCGCCCCCGCAGCCGCCGCCGCCGCGGGGGGCGAGGGCGCUGACCCGGGCGGGGGAGGCGAGGGGGAGGAGGUGCACUCUCUCAAGCUGGCGCUCAAGCUGGCCCUCUUUGUGUACGUCCUCUCGCAGGACGGGGCACCGCACCGCAUCGCAACCCUGUCCGGAUGCGCGCUCCUCAUCUUCCUCGCGCAAACUGGCCGGCUCAACUUCGUGGUGAGACUGCUCGCGCCGCCGCCGCCCGCGCCGCCGCCGCCCGCGCCGCCGCCGCCAAGAGGGCGGGUGGAGGAGGGGCCGGGUGGAGAGGGGGGCGGAGAGGGCGGCGAAGACUUUGCCGCCGCGCCGCAAGCGGCGGGCGGGCCGGCCGAGGCUGGCGGAGACGCCGCUGCGGCGCGGGCGGAGGAGGAGCCAAGAGGCGCGCUGGCGGCCGUGUCAGGGACGCUGCUGGCCUUCUUCACGUCGCUCUUCCCGGGCGUGCUCCCCGAGCAGCCCAACGGGGCGCCCUUUGCGCAGCCGCAGCCAGCGGGCGGCUUCUGAGUGCCGGGGCGAGGGAGAGGGGCAGCCGUGGUAUUCGGGAGGGUUGCCGCGCGGGGCCGAGGGAGCAGGGCGGCCGAGAGCCGUGCGUGGGCUGGCACCAAGCGGAGUCGGCGGACCCGCGCGCUGUGGUAUAUUUGGGAUCCAUCGUGGGACGGGGCGUGUGAUGCACAUGGAUUGAUGUGCGCGAAUUUGUGCGAUAUGUUGUGGAUUCGAACGCCCCAAGGUGUUGCACCUCGAAACUACGAAAGAGCUCGAACCUCGAUCGGUGGCUCCCGUCUCGCUGCGGUUACUUACAUAUACUAGCUUACAUG